AGAAAUUUUGUGAAAACAGAAUUACCUACAAUAGACUUUUCACCACCAAUGCGAGCGCAGAAAAAUUGAUUGAGUUAACUGCGUGUCAAAUUAGCAAUUUCGGUUGUGCAACAGAGUCUAUCGCAAAAUAAAAAAAUUAUGCAAAUAAAAUAAAAACAACAUCAGCGCAUGAACUUGAACUUGGUGGACCUUAAUUGGUAAAUUGCAAAGCUUAAAAGCCAACCAAUAAGUAUUUUCUGAUAUUUAGUGUUUUAAAAAGUGCCAAGCAAAGUGAAUUCUCUACAACUAACACAAACAGCAGGUGAGAACCGUGAAAAAGAAAGUGUCCACACACGAAGUUUGUUGUUGGGUGCCUGUUUUACUUUCUGUGUGUGCGGUGCGCCAAGAUAAAAAGUGAAAGGAUUUUAUUUUAUUAGAUCAAACAGUCGGCCAGUCAGUCAGUCAGACAACAAUUUGUUGGUAUAACAACUUUAUACGCACCUAUAUAUGCACGCUUAUGUAUGCACAUACCCAAGUACAUACAUACACACAUACAUACAGACGUCUAUGCAGUGCAUGUCCGUAUGUUAGUUAGCCGAAGCGGCCAUACGACAAACGCCUACACCCCCACAGCGUGUAAACGGCGUAGAGCAGCAAUAGCAACAACAACAACAAUAGCAGCACAAAUCAAACAAAGCAACAACAAGUAGCUACCCAGUGUUGAAUGAAUGCAUGAAUGAAUCGCUCUACUGCGCGCACACAAACAUACAUUUUGCAAGCAUACAAUUUUAUGCAGAUAACCAGCGACUCUUAGUGACGUAUUUUGUACGCAUUUGCUAGUAUCAGUCGCCCGGCUGUAAUUCUGUUGGUUUCUUUUUUUUUCAUUAUUGUAUUUUGCACGCGUUCGCGUAAACUUUUAUCGAUUUUUUGCGCGCAACACGCCAACACACACACACACGCACGCACUCAAUACACCAGCAACGCAUCUACCCAUAAAUAAGUGUAUUUAGAGUACGGGAAUUUGCAGGCUGAAACCUUAACUCAAAUAACUCAGCAAAUGCGCGUCACACACUCGACCGGCAUUAGCCGCUAUCCCUGCUCCCCGUGCCGUGUCGAUCGCAAACAAAUUUGUGAAAGUUUACACUCACUGUGCGUGUUGCUUAAAGUGUAAAAUAUUAUAAAAAAAAGGAUAAAAAAUAAAAAGGAAAAGUGGAACAUACGCAAGCAUUAAAAAAAAAUACUUUAAGCCAAAAAAAAAAUAAAAGAGUUCAGCACUCCAAAGGUCCUGUGCACGUGUGAAAGCAACAGAGAAGGUGGGCUGCGGCGUCACACAAGCGCACACAGCAGCAAGUGCAAAAUUCGUUGAAUUCUUCUACUAGUGCCAUUCAUAUCCAGGUGGCGUAGCCCCUGGAACCCCAUCAGCGGCCAUGAUCAUGGAAGGGCUUGAAACCCUGGUGGCGCCAUCGCAUCACGCAUUCCUACUAACCGAAUCCGCCGCCGCUGCACAUUUCAAUGUGCUAAGCUUCGAUACGUGUCUCUUCAAGACGACCGCGCAGACUAGUCCAUCGACAGCGGCCACUUCGGCGGCCACAUAUCUCAGCACCCCAUCGCAUACAUUUGGUGGCGGUCAUUUGGGCGCAGCCCAAACAUUACUCCACUACAAUCUCUCUACGGCGAAUAGCAAUCAUCAGAGCGUCAUACCGUGCAGCAGCAGCAGUAGCAGCACUCCCACAAACAAUAAUAUCGCUAGCCCGGUAACAGCAGCAGGAACUAAUUCAGCGCUUAGCGCUGCCAUUACACGCACAAAUUUUGCACGCAUCGGCAGUUCCAACAACAGCAGCAGCAAUAGCAGCGCCAGCAGUUGUAUUAACGCAUCAACAGCGCAACAGUCAAGUGUAGCAAUCGCGAGCGGCAGCAUCGCGCUAACGACACCAACUGUCGCUGCAGUCAGUGCAGGCGGCAACAGUGCAGCUGUCAACAAUAACAGUAGCAGUGGACGCAAUUCCGCUACACAUUUGAGUCUACUCAAUACCGCACAACAGAGUCCGGGCAGUCACGCGGCAGUCAGUCUCAGCGGCGUAGGCGUUAGUAGUGGUGUGAAUAUCGCGAGUAGCGUUAAACAGUCGCAGUCGCUGCCGUCGGACGCGCAGUGCGGUGACACGCAGACGGGCGAUCUGAAUACGCCCGUCACCACAUCCAACGAUAUUCCAUCAUUCUUCGGACCAUCAACCAUUGUUGAGCCGCCACCAAUCACAGGUUCUAUUGAGUCCGAGGACUUGUCCCUCGAACCCCAGCCCACGACCAGCCCUGUGCUGUGCAGUCCAUUGAAGGAAGAGCGCAGCACACCUCCAACGUUGGCAAUUGUCAAGGAAGAAACAAGUAAUAAUAGUUGUACCAUGUACCCUACACAUCUAAGUCAGAAUCAGAAUCAGACAACAACAACAACAGCAACAAGCACAACAUUAUGUAAUAAUACAACAAAUACAAGUACACAAAGCAAUACACAACAACACCAUCACCAUCAGUCCCACCAACAAUCACAAUCGCAUCACCAACAACAACAGCAACAACAUCACUCACAACACCAACAUCACCAGCAACAACACAGCGGCCAACAUUCACCACACCAGUAUCAACAUCAACAGCAACAACAUCACUUACAACAGCUAAACCAAAUAUCUCACCACAAUGCCUUACAACAACAACAACAACAGCAGCAGCAGCAACAUCUGCAACACAACAGUCAUCAUACACUCCACCACCAACAACACCCACACUAUCAACAUUCGCCCCAUAGCCUUCAUCAACAACACACCCACCACCACCAACAACAACAACAACAGCAUGCGCAACACCACCACCAACAACAACAGCAGCAACAACAACAACAGACGCAUGCAACUAGCAAUAGCAAUAGCGGCAAAAUAUCAUAUCGUGGCAUUUUCACCACUACAGGUAAUACAGCAAUGAGCGGCUUGAAUUCCGCGGCCGCGGCCGCCGCUGCAGCUACCCAACAACAACAGCAGCAGCAAGCUGCACAGCAACAACAACAAAUCGGCUCGCCGCAGAUGAGCGUGCUGCCCGGCCAAAUGUCACCACCGUCCGCUGGCCUUGGCAACAGUUGGGGUUUGCCUAGUCCCGACAAAACACUCUUUCAGCCGCCCAUAUUUAGCUUACUUGGCCCUGGCCCUCAAAGUACCGCUCAGGCUCACUAUGCCGCCCAACAAGCCGUGGCGCAACCAUCGUCCACGCCCUCACCCUCGCAUCAUAUGCACACCGCUUACGACGAUGGACGUGCAGCAGCGCAACAUGUCGAACUGCUCGGUCUCAAUAUGGAUUGCUCGCCGAUUAUACUAAAACAGCCUCCACCGAGCUAUAGCAGCACCAGCAGCUUCACUAGCCUUUCUGAUAUGCAACAGGCGCAGGCUAGCCACGAAUUGCAGCAGUAUCGCCAGCAAAUAUCCGUUGCCACGACCAAGUACCAGUGGCUGGACUCGCCCGCUGAGUAUGGCACGCAACAGUCAUUGGUUGUACCUGGUCCUUCAUCCGCAACGUCAGUGGCAGCUUCCGCUGUAGUUGGUGGCAUCAUUCCAAAGCAAGAAACCUACACAGACCCCACACCGCCACAUCACAUGCAGCCAUCGACGGCGCAAGGCAGCCAAUCUGGUUAUUCCGUCGUGCAGUUAGCCGAGUACAGUCCAUCAACAAGCAAAGGCCACGAAAUUCUCUCGCAGGUAUACCAACAAAGCACAAUGCCACUCAAACUUGUGCCGGUUAAGCCACGAAAGUACCCAAACAGGCCGAGUAAAACACCCGUGCACGAGCGUCCAUACGCCUGCCCUGUUGAAAACUGCGAUCGACGCUUUUCGCGUUCUGACGAGCUCACCCGCCACAUACGAAUACACACCGGCCAGAAGCCGUUCCAGUGUCGCAUUUGCAUGCGCUCCUUCAGUCGUUCAGACCACCUCACAACGCACAUUCGUACGCACACAGGCGAGAAACCCUUUUCCUGCGACAUAUGCGGACGCAAAUUUGCGCGCUCCGAUGAGAAAAAGCGGCACGCAAAAGUGCAUCUCAAGCAACGCAUCAAGAAAGAGUCCAAGCUGAGCCAGCAGCAGCAGCAACAACAGCAGCAACAGGCCGCUGCAGCAGCCGCGGCGGCAGCAGCUGCACAACAACAUCAUCACCAUCACACAGCCCACCAUAUGCUCCAUUCCGGUGAUCUACCCAUUGUGACGAGCAGCGCCACUAGUUUGUAGGGCGAAAGUAACUC